CACUUUUGUCCUUCCAAAAAGCUUUGAAUCACUGUGACUUGUGUUUCUUCCUUCCCAUUUCAGAGUCCCGGAGCAUAUUCCUUUCUCUCUCUCCUCAAGAAAAUCUCUUUUAAUACCCAAAAAAAAAAAAAGGAAAAAAAACCCUAACUUCUAUUUGGUAAUUUGAAUCUCUUGAUCUCCACAUGCAAGUUUUUAUUUUUAUCGAAAUUUCAGGUGCAUUUUUUCAAAUUGGGUGCUAAAUUUAAGCACCCUAUUUUCCCAGUUCAGAAAAGGUUAAAGUUUCUGAAUUGGGCAUUUAGCUGAACUCCAAAAUAUGAGGAAUAAUUGGUUGUUUUUCAUGGAUUUAGAUGGAGGAGGGUCUCCAUAUAUUUUUCCAAUGGAGCCCUUUGUAUCUAAUGGUUUGGGAGCUCAUUUGUUUUCGCAUUUUAGUUCAUUGGUUGACAGUUCUUUGUACCAUUCUAAACACUUGUAUGUACCUGGUAGUCUCGCAUUUCGUGAAGCUUUUAGUUGCAUGUCGAAGUUUGCGGGUGUUGUACUGUUUUGGUUCUCUAGUAUGUCAACUUCCAAUUUGAGUAGGGAUAUAUCAGCUGGAAAUCAACGUGGUUUGAAAUCUGGAAGGCCAUCACCACUGUCUCAGGUUAAACACAUUGCUUCUUGUAAGAAUAAUCUUGCUGGAUUUCACUUUGCUUCUGAAUCGAGCGGCAAAUCUUUCACCCCACUUGUUUUUGGUAAAAUUUCAAGUUAUGCAAUGAGACACUUAUUUGGAGAAGCAGAAGCACUCCAAUCCUUUCCUCUGCUGUCAUUAGCUGCUGCUCUGAUACCACCAUUUGACAACUUAUCUUCGAAGGUACUAGCUGUUCCACUGGAUAACACAGAAGUUCAAAUGCAAGAACACAUGGAUCGAAGGCCUUGUGAAGUUGGGUGUCAAGGAUGUGGCAGUCUAUCUUUCCUAGAUUUGAACUGGACACGAAAUGCUGUUGAACCUAGAACUGGCAUUGAGUUUCCAACGAUAUUGGACAACAUAUUAGAUAGAAAGCAUAAUUCUAGUUUAGCUUCUGAGGUGCUUGUUGGUACUGGAUCAAGAACCAUGAAGAUAAUCAAAAUUAAGUCUCUGAAGGUGUAUGCAUUUGGUUUUUAUAUUCAUCCAUACUCUGUUUGCCAGAAACUGGGUGCAAAGUAUGCUUCUAUUCCAGUGGGUGAACUGAACAAACACAAUGAUUUUUAUCAGGAUCUUCUUAGGGAGGAUAUUGGUAUGACUGUUAGGCUAGUGGUUAACUGCAAUGGGAUGAAAAUCAAUACAGUAAGAGAUGCAUUUGAAAAAUCUCUUCGUGCUCGUUUAGUAAAGACAAAUCCCGACACUGAUUAUCAUUGCCUGAGUACAUUUGGCUCCUACUUCACUCAAGAUAUUCCAUUGCCUGCGGGAACAAUAAUUGACUUUCAGCAGACUGCUGAUGGACAACUAAUUACCAAAAUGAAAGAAAUAUUUGUGCAGUUGGAGGUAACCAGAUUGGAGUGGUCCAUAGCAAGGAUUUGUGCAGGGCUUUCUUUGACAUGUACAUUGGAGAUCUCCCGGUGUCAGAGCAAACAAAAGAAGACAUUGGCCGAAAUGUGGCAAGCAUUAUAAGGAGAUGCUGAGGUGGCUCGUUUUUCCAUCACCACUGUCUCAAUUUUUAGAUGAGCAAAUGACCAUAUUCAUGGAUGUUUACACAGUACUUUGGACGGGAUGGCUGAUGAACACAAUAGGACAAUCAGAAAAUUCACUGCAAACCUUGCAAUGUUUUGCUUGCGCAUCAUACAACGUAGGAUAGUUUCAAUUAUUACGAUAUUCUUUGUAGACUUGAGGAUAAUCAUCAAUUACACAAAGUCACAUUGUUAUUUUUCU